AUGGCCUUUGGUUCAAAUGGUGGCAGCAGCGGUGGCGCCACAAGUGGAGGUUCCGGUGAUGGGGCCAGCUUUGACCCAAAUAAAAUAAAUGCAAACUUCGGAAGCAGUGGCGGUGGAUUUGGCAGCAGCAGUGGAGGUAGUUCCGGUGGGUUCGAUACAAGUGGUGGAUUUGGCAGCAGCAGUGGAGGUAGUUCCGGUGGGUUCGAUACAAGUGGUGGAUUUGGCAGCAGCUCAAGUGGAGGUAGUUCCGGGGCAUUUGGAGGAAGUGGAUUUGGUAGUAGUUCUGGUACUGGAGGCAGUGGCACUGGCGGAGGAAGUUUUGAUCCAAACGCCUUGAAUUUCGGAAGCAGCAGUGGAUCUAGCAGCGGCAGUAGUGGUGGAUUUGGCGGGAGUGGAUUUGGCAGCAGUUCCAGUGGUAGUAGUGGUGGUUUCGGCGGAAGUGGAUUUGGCAGCAGUUCUGGCGGAGACAGUGGCAGUAGUGGUGGUUUUGGUGGAAGUGGAUUUGGCAGCAGUUCCAGUGGAAGUAGUGGUGGUUUCGGCGGAAGUGGAUUUGGCAGCAGUUCUGGUGGUGACAGUGGCAGUAGUGGUGGGUUUGGUGGAAGUGGUUUUGGCAGCAGUUCCAGUGGAAGUAGUGGUGGUUUCGGCGGAAGUGGAUUCGGCAGCAGUUCCGGCGGAGACAGUGGUAGUAGUGGCGGUUUUGGUGGAAGCGGAUUUGGCAGCAGUUCCAGUGGUAGUAGUGGUGGUUUCGGCGGAAGUGGAUUUGGCAGCAGUUCCAGUGGUAGUAGUGGUGGUUUCGGCGGAAGUGGAUUCGGCAGCAGUUCUGGCGGAGACAGUGGCAGUAGUGGCGGGUUUGGUGGAAGUGGAUUUGGCAGUAGUUCCAGUGGUAGUACUGGUGGGUUUGGUGGAAGUGGAUUUGGGAGCAGUAGUUCCGGUGGUGAUAGCAGCAGUAGCACUGGUGGAUUUGGCGGAAGUGGAUUUGGUAGCAGUAGUUCCGGUGGCGCAAGCGCAGGAGGAAGCUUUGACCCUAAUGCCAUUAACGCCAACUUUGGAGGACGAAGACGAUAG